GCCACCUGCGUGUAGCAAACUGUCAAUAUAAGCCUUGAGAGGCGUGCGGAUCGUUUACCUUGGAUAUGAACGCGAUUUUGUUGUCUUGCGGAUUUUCGGAGGGAACCUGACAAAUCUUUACAGGUAGAGCUGCAGUACCAUGCCGACUCCUCCCCAGGGACGCUGGUAGAGGGAAGCAAUCACUGGGGUGAGGAGAAGAAGCAUUGCUUCUUACUGCUACCGGUACUCACGCCAAAAUUGCCAAUACAGGCAAGUUGGAUGGUGAUGGAGAAACGGUUCCCCCAGAGAAGCUUCCAGCAAAUCAGUAUGGAGCAUUAUGUAACUUAUACCUAACGGUUUGGAGAUCACAAUAUGGCCUCUGAGGAGACGUACCUUCAGCAAGUUAAUAUUGAGUUGGUCGAAGGCUGGGAAGCUAAGCUGAGCUCUGGAGGACGGAUCUAUUAUGUCGAUCACAAGAAUCAGACAACAUCAUGGCUGCCUCCGCGGGACAACUGGGAUGCGAGUACGGGACUUCCGUACGGCUGGGAGACAGGCGUGGACAGAAACGACAAGCCAUAUUACAUCAAUCACAUCGAAAGAUACACGACACGAGAAGAUCCCCGCAAUGACCCAGACUACAUCGAACCGCCGAAACCCCGCGAUGUUGAGCUCCUCCGAGAUCCUGAAAAAGGAUUUGGUUUUGUAGCUGGCAGCGAGAAGCCCGUAGUGGUCCGAUUUGUCACUGAUGGUGGACCGAGUGUCGACAAACUUCUGUCCGGAGAUCAGAUUCUCAGGAUUAAUGGAGAAGAUGUGCGUAAGGCUCCGCGAGAAAAAGUCAUAGAACUUGUCAGAGCCUGUAAACAAGCCAUCACUCUGACUGUGUGUCAGCCGUACUCGGAUAAUUCGUCACGGAAGUCAGCUCUACUCACUGCGGCCAAGAAAGCCAAGUUAAAAAAUAAUCCCUCUCGAGUUCGCUUUGCCGAUUCCGUCAUGGUAAACGGAGCUCCUGUUCUUACACCGUCCGCCCAGGAAAGCUAUGUGCCUUUCAUGCCCAAUGUUCUGAAAGUCUUUCUGGAGAAUGGGCAAACCAAGUCUUUCAAGUACGACAACAAAACAACAGUAAAGGAUGUGAUGCAGUCCCUGCAAGAGAAGCUGAACAUCCAGUGCAUCCACCACUUCAACGUGGUCCUGCAGAACAUGAAGAACAACACCGCCGGCAAGAUGACGCUGCUGCAGGAACACGAGACACUCGCAGAGAUUGCAGCUCGACCCGGUGCCCGACACUUCCGCUGCUUGUUCCGUGUGGCCUAUGUACCCAGAGAUGCAUAUGACCUCGUGAGGGAAGAUGCAAUAGCUUUUGAGUAUUUCUAUUUACAGUGCUGCAACGAUGUGAUACACGAGAGGUUUGUCCCCGAGCUGAAAUAUGACACGGCGUUGAGGUUGUCAGCGCUGCACAUACAACAACACGCUACCAGCAACAACAUGACCGGCAAGAUCUCCAUCAAGGCCAUUGAGAAAGAGUGCGGUCUGGACAAGUUCGUGCCGCACAGUCUGAUAGAGAACAUGAAAGGCAAGGACCUCCGCAAGAUGCUGAAUCAGUACCUCAAGAUGAACCAGUCGCUCACUGCACCUGGACAGAAGCAGCUGACUCCGCUCCAGGCCAAACUACACUACAUGAAGAUUGUCAGCGAACUCAAGACCUUCGGCAGUCGGGUGUUCAUGGUCACGUUACUGGAUCAGAAGACAGAAGCCAUGGUUCUGGUGGGUCCAAAGUCGGGCAUCAGCGUCGUCACAAACAUCAAGUCCUACACGGCGAUCAAGAACUGUUUCAAGCAUGUCGAAAUUCUGCCAAGUCAAGAAUCCCAGAUUGAUGAAACUGGUGAUCUCGAAGAUGAUAUCGUGCUUGCCGACUUGAAAAGGCUACUUCAGCGCCUCCGUCUGAUGAUGAAAACAUUACCGGCAUACAGCAGCAAACAUCGGGUGAAGGGAGCGAGAUGGACGUACCCAGAGGACCUGGUGUCGGAGGUGGUGGAUGCUGGGCAGGUGUUGGAGGAGAACGGCCAGGUGUUGGAGGAUGAGAAGCUGAUUGACCUAGGACAGUCGCCACCGCCGUACACGGAGAACAAGGAAUACCUGGCUCAGAUCAAGCAGGAGCUUGGCAUGAAGUCUGAGGACCUAAAUGAAACAGUUGAGACAGUCCAGCUUAACAAAUUCCACAAUGACAAUGGUGAUGUUACCUCCCUCGAAACUCCUUCUCACAACACCAGUAUUUACGAGGAGGCGGUCACCUCCUUUGGCGCCACGAGUCUGGUUGCCGGUGACGACAGCACAGAGGAAAGCAGCCUCAACAGCUCGGCCAGCUCCCAGCACAACAGGCUCACUUUCCAGACAUUCCUCAGCACUGCCAGUCAUAAUGGUACUGCUACAAAUGUUCGGAAAACAGGAUCUUUGACCAAUGGUCAUUCAGCAUUUGAGCCAUCAAGAUUGGAGGAGAUUCCGUCUGACACAGACAGUGGUUCUGGAGCAGAUUUGGAAAAGAGGCCAUUGUUGUCGUCGCAGAGCAGUUUGAUUAUGAAUGGUGACACUCGGACAAGUUUUGAUGUUGAGAGUGAUGAUACAGACUCGUGGGGAACGCCUCAUGAUAGCCCAGCUAAAGGGAAAAUGAGCCAGGGAGGAAGUGAGCACAGUUUUGGCCUCUUGAGCCCGGAUCUCCAUUCUACAUCAGACCUAGAUCAGCAGCAACUCCUUGAGAGCUUCGGCCUCCACAGCCCUGAUGACAUCCCCCAGGAGCUGAUCGAUGUCCUCAACGACCCUACCAACAUGAAGGGCCAGAGGGUUUACUUCGACCCUGAUAUCAUUGAUCUGACAUUGUUUCCACCACCAGUUACACCUGAGGAUGACAACAUAAUAGACUUUACCAUGCUAGCUCUACCUCCUCCAACAUUCACACCCAAACCCGGGGGUGACACAACUCUCUACCUCACUGCCCCUCUCCAGCACUGCAACACCAGUAAUGGACAACCAGUGCCCCUUGCACCCACCACUUCGCAUAAAGUAUCAAGACCAGCAAGACCAGCUCCCCCUCCCCCAGUCCGUGCGUCACCACAACAGAAGUUGGCUAAAUCAGCAAGUGUUGGCCAUUGUCCUGACUUCUUUGACAAUGACAUCGAUGAGCUCAUAGCCAGAUUCACUGUGCCUCCUCCACCUUCAGAAAUAGAUAGCGAGGCAUCAGAUCCUCUCUCACAGACUUGGCAUGGUGCCCGGCCGAAGAACCCAGUGGAACAGGCGACAUUGGACAUGAAGAUGGUGGAGGAUGAGUUUGCUUCACUGAUCAUACCUCCUCCACCGGAGAGUUCUACACCCAGCACUGAAGACAUUCCUGUUGUUCCUCCAUUCAGUGAUGAAAAGGCUGAAACCAAACGGAAAAAAUUCCGACAUAAACGUUCGUCAUCUGUAGAUGUUAGUUCCCUACAACUAGCUAAAGAUUUUCUUGCAACGAAUAAAAGCAAAUCUGUGGAUUCCUCCCAGCCAGGUGACAAGACAGGGGAUAAAUCAGUGCAUAGACAACUUGAACCCCCUUCAUCUUUGGGUCAGGUCAGCAAAGUUUCAGGGAAAAAGACUGGCAUAGCUGCUGAAUCUCCAGCAACUGUGUCAGAAAAGUUGAACAGUUUGUUAGCGUCACUUCCUCGUGUUGAAGGGGCUUCGUGGACUGGAUCAUUAAGACUUCACCGGAGCUCCUCUCUGGAUAUUUUGGCGUCUGCUGAGUCGGCCAUGUUGAAACCAGGCCAGCAGAAGGCUGCAUCACUGAGAGUGCUUGCUCCUAAGAGGACCAGUAGUGUAGACAGAAUUCCACUGUCGCAGCUGUUUAUUCCACCGGAAAAGACAGAGCAGCCUGUGAUUUCCAAAGCUCGGUCUUUUGACAGUGCACAAAAACCUUCCAAAAAGGAAAGUGAGGGGUCUGAACAUUUUGCAUCAUUAAAAGCCAAAUUAAAAGCUUGUAAAGAUGACCUAAUACAAAAGUCCAACCGGAGCAGUUUUAGACUGAAGAAGAAUAAAUCUGAAAGUAGUGAAAAUGUCAGCAAAGAGAUGGGUGAUGAGGGGAAGAGUUCGCUUCGAAGAACAGGAUCCUUUUCUGACCUUGUUGCGAGAUUUAGUAAACGUGGUUCCAAAGAAAAUAUUAAGAAAUCCAUGAGUCAAGAUGGCAGUGGAGACACAGAUUCAAACUCAGAUGGUUCCCUGACACCAGUCAGUGAUUCAAAGAAGUCUAUGAAGAUGAUUGAAACUCUGGCAUUACCCCGGUCAACAAUCCUCAGACCUCCAAAUGUAACCAACAGUUCUGAGAAGCUGGAUUCCACAGAUAAUGAUGAUGAUGAUGAUAAUGAUCAGGUAAACACGGGGACAUUGUCCGCCACACCAACUGUUCAUGCAUGCAAUGACGAGCCGUGUAAAGUUAACACCAGCCGAUAUCUGUAUCCAUCAGAGAUUGCUUUUAAAUUUUGGGCCAGCCACAAACUCCACCCUGCUCUGCCUAAAUUCUUGGCCUAUUUCCCCCCAAGCCAUCCUCCAGGUUCAGUGUACACCCGGAUACUGACAGAGAAGGAACACUGUUUGCUUUCUGGAGAUAUAUUCAAGUUCGGGAUAAUUUACAAGCCGUGCGAUAAACGUAAAACUUCUACAACCUUGGUAUGCAAUAGGUUGUCAAACAAACAGAGUAAAUCCAAGAGGAGUGGUCCUUUAAAAGCCCUCUCUUCAGUUUUUGGUUCUGAAGAAAAGACUGAAAAGGGAGGCACCUGGUUAAGGGGAGGUCACUCUGCCAAGUCCAAAACUGACCAAUCAAAAAGCAAGAAAUUUCAGAGCAAGGAUGACAGUAGUAUGUUAAGUAAAAAGAGCAGAGAUAAAAUUAAAGCCAAUCCCUACGCAACAGUGAAAAUGUGGCGCCCUCUGUCUAUGACAACAAGCUCAAUUAAAGAUGACGAGGUGUACCAGAGUUUUGAUGACUUCCGUGACAUGGCAUCUCAGUUGAAGCAACUUGAUAAGACUGAUUCUCUUCCUAAAGAGCCUGUGAAGUUAAAAAAGACAAUAUCAUUUGAAGAUGAAACCCAGCCGGAUUAUUCUGAUACCACAUCGAGGGAUACAGAAUUCUCAAAAUUGAAUGGGAGUGUCAAAUCAGACUAUAGUGUCCCAAAGACUGAGCCACCCCCAAUUUUGAGGAGAUCUUCAAUUUCAGAGGAGAGUUAUUCACUUGUUAGUGGCAGUGUGACAGAUUCAGUGAAAUAUGUUGUGUCACAUUCCUACGGAGUGGAAGAUUUUGACAAGGCAACAAGCGAUGUUGAAAGACUUUUAACAGACUUAAAAACCACAAUGGAAUCCUUAAAAGCUUCAAGGAUAGACCGUAGUCAAAAACAAUUUCAAAUGUGUCGUGAAGAGCUUAUCAGCCAAACGAGACAUUUCGUCAAUGAUGCAAAACUUUUAGUCAGUAGUGCUACUCACACGAAGGAGAAACUGGCUGUGAAUUUAGACAAGGGCAUUCACACGCUAGCCAAGCUCUUCCUCCACAGUCAAGCCGUUAUGUUGAUGAUGCAGUCCGUUCAUCAAGCACAGCACCUCGGCUUUGAAGUCAUUAAAGUAUCCAAUUCAUUCAAAAGUACCUUGAAUGCAGCAAACGCGGCGUGCGGGAAACCCCUUACGGACCCUCAUAUGAAAUAUCUCAUGCGACAGGCCACAAACCUCGCCUCACUCCUCAGCACCCUCUUGAAAACACUCAAAGAGUUAAAAAAUGAGUCCUUCUCCCUGCGUUUAUGAGGGACAUUCUAGUUUAUGUUCUGCUUACUGCUGCUAUUUUGUUGUCGGUGACUAUAAACAUUAUCGACCAGUACAAACUAACACUGCAUGCCUAGGCUGUACGACAUUAUAACACAUGGACCAGUACAAACUAACACUGCAUGCCUAGGCAGUACGACAUUAUAACGCAUGUUUAACGGUUCCUGCAUGUUCUCACAAAGCCUGUCAAGUAUUUCAACAGAUUAAUGAAAAGCCACAAUAGAUUUGAUAUGACAUUUUGUUCCCUUGUCUUCUAUUGAGAUGACCUGUUUGACAGCUUUAUGAUGGACACCCAUCACCAUAGACCAGACCCAGCUUCACAAAGCUGUAGUAGCACUGUGGUUGUUUUCCCUAUAAUUUAACAAAGACCUAUUUUCAAUUGUGCAAAGAUUGCUCUGUGAAACAGAUUCUUGGAUCUUUCUGCACAAAAACAUGUACUGC